GAAAAGGCGGCCUGUUUGGAACCACAAACAUUGAAACCAGUAUUCCCGUCGUCUUCCGUUAAGUGAAUCGGGGAUGCUGUCAUUUUGUUGCAGCAGGUCUCCGGGAUCCUGACGUGCGCAUGCACUCCUUCCAGGGCAUCGGGACCCGUCGUCUUUGUCCUUUUUUCCUCGCUCAUCUUUCUCUGGACUCUCCUCGGUCUUUCCAUGCAUCAACUGAAUGCGCCUUUUUUUGCCCGCACUGGGAAAGAUCCAAACUUCGUGAACCAAUUGGACGGAUUUGUUCAACCACCGCACUUACAGCGGAGUCCUUCGCGUAACCUGCAGGGUCCGGUCGGGCAGUGCGACAACCUGCCAGGAUGUGUUUUUUACCUUACAGUGUCUUCGUAGCAGACCAUAUCUGUACCAGACACUCGCGUCUGCUUGUUUGAAGACGGGAUCACCCCCGUUCACCUGGCUCUUCUCCCUCCUGUCCGCGCAGCACUCGGCGUUUUUAGUCUACGCAGACAAAUCGUUAUUUUGCUUCGUCUAAUCCCUUACCAAGUCUCCCUCUUCACUGCCGUCGUCACCGAAAGUUUCUCUUCGUAACGUUUGAAUUUUCUGGACGUGAGAGCUGGAGUGGAACGGCCAAAGAUUUUUCUGCGGGUGGAUUAGAAACUGCCCAGCUUCCCACUUUUUAGGGCCGUAAGACAGGCCGGUGAACAGGUCUGCGAAGUCAUCACAACCCAUCUUUCACAAUGCUGGCUGUAGGAGGGGGCGGUCACCGCUCCUUUACCGGCGGAGGCGCAGACAUCACUCAGGUCUACGAGAGAAAUCAGGAUGCCACCUUGUACAUCGGCAAUCUCGACUCCCAGGUCGACGACGACCUUCUGUGGGAGCUUUUCGUCCAGUGCGGCCCCGUUCGUACGGUGUCCGUACCUCGAGAUAAGUUGACGGGCAAUCACCAGGGUUACGGCUUCGUGGAGUUUAGAAACGAGGUCGAUGCGGACUACGCCCUGAAACUGAUGAACAUGGUCAAGCUGUAUGGAAAGGCGCUCCGCCUCAACAAGUCUGCCCAAGACAGGAGGAACUUCGAUGUCGGCGCCAACGUCUUUCUGGGAAACCUUGAUCCGGACGUGGAUGAGAAGACGAUUUAUGAUACCUUUUCAGCUUUUGGAAACAUCAUCUCCGCGAAGAUCAUGCGAGACCCCGAGACUGGUCUUUCGCGAGGCUUUGGAUUUGUUUCCUUCGAUACCUUUGAGGCAUCCGACGCAGCCUUGGCAGCAAUGAACGGACAGUUCAUAUGCAAUCGGCCCAUCCACGUUUCUUACGCCUACAAAAAAGAUACGCGAGGCGAACGCCACGGCUCCGCAGCUGAGCGUCUUCUGGCAGCGAAUCGGCCACAAAUCAUCAAUCCAAAUGCGCCUGCGACGGGUGGGGUGAAGCCCCCGAUCAGUCUUGCGAUGCAGUCCGGCACUCAGGGUCAAGGAACAGGAGGUGUCAUACCUGGAGGAGGCGGUCUCUCGUCAGUUCCACCGCCGCCUCUGCUUGGAGCCAUGCCACCUCGAGGGCCCCCGGGCGCCCAAGGCUUCCCCCAGUCCUUCGGGCCUCAUCGGGGCGGCUCAGGCCCGGGAGUUGGGCCCAGCGGGCCUCCUGGAGGAGCCCCUGGAAGCGCGUCUACAGGUCCUGGAGGGCGAAUGGGCGAACUGCCUCCUCUGCCUCUCCCUCCGAACAUGGCUGGGGGGAUGCCGAAUCUUCCGAUGGGCCUGCCGCCUCCGCCUCUCCUCUUCAUGCCGAGACCCGGCAUGCCGCCCUUCCCGCCGAUGCCCAACAUGUCGCCUGUCAGCCAGGGUGCCGGAAUGGGCCCACCAGGGUCUUCGCCACAAGGCCCGCCAGGCCUGGGUGGGCCUCCUUCUAGCCAGGGCAUGCCUCCUUCUCGCGCCCCGGGGAUACCGACCAUCACUCCCUUGCGCACCCCGGGGAGCGCUAUGGGCCCUCUCGGGCCUGAAUCGCCUUCUGGGCCAGGGGCAGGCGGCUCAGGGGCACCCAGGCCCUCGCCAGGUGGGAUUCCGCCUCCAGGAGGGGUCUCGCCAGUCCGUCCCGACCUUCUCCCGCCGCCGCCGCUCAUUCUCUCCGCGGGGGGCCCAGGGAGCGGGUCGCAUGCAAGUCGCGGGCCUGCAGUUUUCAGUCCAUCGCCCAACAUGCGGCCGCCCAUGGGGCCCCACGGCGGGGCCCUUUUGGGCCCGCCCCCCGGCGCCUCGCCUAACAUGCGGUCGCCGAUGCCGGGCUUGAUGGGCAGGGGGCCAGCUGCAGGAGGGCCCCCGCCUCUGAUUCCCCAGGGUGGACAGCAGCCGAAUCGCCCGCCCAUGAUGGGGUAGAAAUCGGAGGAGAAAGGCCGAGUGAGAGAACGCGGAGUGGGCAAGAAGUUAUCAAACGAGGGAUAGCGGCAGAGGAAUGAACGGUGAAGUUACAGACAGAGGAGCGCGAGCGGUAGCAGAAUCCGAGAAGACACGAAGGGGAAGCAGGCGACGAAACAAAGAACGCAGCCGAGUUUUCCGUAUAAAAUCAAAAAAGGAGUCGCCACGAGAUAGGGGAAAACUGGAAGAGACGUGGAGGGAGAAACAGAAACCGUCGUGCAGAGCUGACAGCGUACGGGCGUCUGGUGUUUUCUAGGUAUUGUUGCUUUGCCAUUUGCCCAGUCGAAGCUAGAAGUUUUUCAUUCUGCCUCAACCAGACAGAAAUGUUUGCUUUUGCCCGCCGAGCGAACGAACGUUAAAGCUAGUGCCUCAGAGUUCACCAGUGUCACAGCUGUACAUCCGCACAUUUACUUGUAGAUGUGCCUUCCUAUGCACGCGUGGACACACGUUUUUGCGUGUGUACACCGAGGGAGGUAGAGCUAAGAGCGAAAAAGCUGCUUUUUUAGGGCUUUUUCAGAUUGACAAGCC